AUGAAAACCCAAACUGUAUUGGAGUCGGCUAAUGUUGUUAUUGAUGAUGCCAGGGAUUUUUCUGAGUUUUCUAUUGAGGAAGAAAUUGAUAAGUUUAUUAAUGAACCUACUGAAAAACUCGAAGAAGCUUAUGUUAGUGAUACUACUGUGGCAACGUCUGGUCCAUCUGUUCCAACAGAUCACGAAUCCGAUGAAACAGAUUAUGGAGAGAUAGAAAAUAAAUUUCUAGAUAUUAUUUCAGAAGUUUCCCAUGAAGCCGAGUCAGUCCAAGAAGAACUCUUUGGCUCCAAAAAGAAAGUUGGUGUUGGGUUCGUCUUCAUCUCCCUUGACUACUGCCAAGAAAAGAUUGAAGGCUCACCUCUUUCUCCAUCUUCCUCUGAAUCUGAACCUGAGGAAGCGAAAUCUGAGUUGAAGAAACAUGAUACCACCUUAUCUGAUGAAUCUGUUCCUGACAAUGCUGAAUCAGAGGCUGAGUCUAAUGGGCCAGAACAAGAAGAUGUUGUCCCUACUGAACAAGAAGCCGAAUCUGAAACAGAGCCAGUUGCAACUCCAUUUUCGUCCAAGGCUAAAGGCAAGAGGCCUAUUUCAGAUUCUACACCAUCUCAAAGACUCUCAGGUGUUAAUUUCAAACCGCAUUCUCUUAUUUUUUGUUAUAAUGACAAUGCUCGCGAUAUGGUUCUCUAUGCUCAAAGGAAAUUUCUCAUUGAGAAAAAUCAUGUCUUAAGUGAUCAUCGUCCUUUUGGUGUUCUAACUAUGCUUCCAGAUCGAAAAUGGACAGGUUCUUUGGUUAAAUUUACUGGUUUGGUGGAUAGAAUAGUCAAGGAAUUCUAUGCCAAUAUUACUGAUGAAAUUAUUGACCCUAAAUCUCCUUUGUAUUGUAAAGUGUAUGUUAGGGGUCAUUGGUCCUCUUUUUCUCCACAAGAUAUUGCACAGGCUUUGCAUCUUCCUCUUGAUGUUGAGAAUGAUGAUGAUCUUGACUCUCCUGACAAGGAUGAGGUCAUCACUGAACUAGUAGGACAAAAAAUGGUAUGGCUACCUAAUACAGUCAUCUUGGUUACCAAUCUCACCUACACUUAUGUUGUUCUCCAUAAGUUUGCCACAACGAAUUGGAAACCAACUUCUCACACCGCAAGUAUCUCAUUUGACAUGGCUUCCUUUUUGUACAAAGUGGGGACCAGAAUUGCUGUUGAUGCUCCAUCAUCCAAGAAGGCCAAGCCUCAAUCUCUGACUUUUUCCUCGGAUGACAAUCCUCCUGUAUCCUCAUCUAUUCCCAUAGAUUCAGGACCUGUUUCUAUAGAACUAGCUGCUGUUUGA